GGCAGGCUCUGUGUGCUAUGACGCUGAGCGCGAUGUGGCUAAAGCUGAUCUCGGUGGUAGCAGAAUUUUGUUUUUCCCCCUUUUUAGUGGCAGAUCAAGAAACAACCUCAGAGGCCCCUGAGCAGAGCUCUCUCUCCUCCCAAGCCCUCCAGCAGCCCACGAGUACAGUCUCAAUGAUGGAAAAUUCCAGUAUGCCGGAGACUGACAAGGAAGAAAAAGAACAUGCCACUCAAGACCCUGACGUGAUCACUGAAGCCAGUGCUCAGCAUUCAGGGCUGGCCAGGAGGAACAGUGGCAUCCUGCUGCUCACGCUGGUGUCCUUCCUCAUUUUCAUCCUCUUCAUCAUCAUUCAGCUCUUCAUCAUGAAGCUGCGUAAAGCGCACGUGAUAUGGAAGAAGGAAAGUGAAAUUUCGGAGCAAGCUCUAGAAAGCUACAGAUCAAGAUCCAACAACGAGGAAACAUCUUCCCAGGAGAAUAACAGCCAGGCCUCACAGUCUAAGCAUUGCAUGAACUACAUCAUGCGGUUAUACUCGGGAGCCAAAACAAAGAAGAGUGCCCGGCAUUGGAAGCUGGAGGGCAAGCACAGUCGUGUCCCCGAGAGUAUUGUGUAGUGUUCCCUGUGAUAGAAGAUAGGAUUUCGGGGCAGCUGCAUCAGGCCCUGGAAAGAAUCAUAAGUACUGUGACAUAAAAAUAAGAUGUCCACUGAGAACAGUUCAAGACAGCGCCCAUUGAGCCAGGGCAGCCACAUGAGGACCAAGCCAUGGACAGAAAGCUCCUCCUUGAAAGACAAACAUAGAAAGAACCUAUUGUGACUGACACUACCUCAGAGCCGGAGGCCUCCGCUAAGUCUUUUGGAUCAGGGUCAAAAUGACCAGUGAGCAUCUGACCUCGAAGGGAGCGGCAGUUUUUAGAUAUGGGCUGGAGUGGAACUAUUUGAAUUGGUUUAAAAUCUUUCCUUCUGGUCAAGAAGGACUUAAGCAUGAGAAGGAUCCAAAGAAGACCUGAGCUACCAGCAGCCUACUCUCAAGACAGGCUCUAGGAAGAGGCCAUGUGGGCAACAGAGAAAAGUGGGAUGUCACAGCAUGCAGUGGACAUGACCACCCAGAGAUCCACAACCCUCAACACCAGAGCUGAAUUCGGAUGCCAAGGGGCAUCCUUACUAACCGUGAGCCAACCUGACAGGCAGUUCUUAACCAAAUUACACCAGGGCAAGGGCAUGGACAGAAGCAAACUGCGAGUUUGGUUGACAGACUGUUGAAUUCAUGAAUGGUUUUUAGAACUUUAAUAAAGACUGGAGUGCAUCUUUUUUAGAGGCUGUCAUGCCCAUUGAUUAUCUACGUGAAAAAAAAGAUCAAAUUAGAUGACAUAGCAAACUCUGAUUUUAUAAAAAUGAAACGUUUCUCACUAGUUGGAUCUGAGAAAACCAGCUUGCAAGUAUUACAUGCACGCCCCUGUACAUGUUUGUACACACCUAUGCACACACACAUACAUACUUGCUUGUACCCGCCCAUGCAACACAAACACAUACAUACACACACCUAUAUCGUGAGUGUGUUAUUGCAGACACCAGCUCCUCCUGGUCCUAUCCCUCUCCUAUAAUGACUCUUUUUCCAUUUAACAAUCACGAAAUUAUAGCAAACUAUAAAGACAGCAUAGAGGAUCUUCCUCAAUUAGUUGAGAGUGAAAGGGCCUGAUGCUCAACACCCCUUAAGACCCUCUGAUUACCCCAAGAAAGACACAUAUCACCACAAAGAAAACAUUUCAGUCAGGAAAGUAGCAUCGAUGUCUUUCACUCAUGGUCCUUGGAUGCUGUGGUGGUUUGAACGUGGCCUUGUUGGAGUAGCUGUUUCACUGUGGGUAUGGGCUUUAACACCCUCAUCCUAGCUGCCUAGAAGCCAGUCUUCCACUAGCAGCCUUCAGAUGAAGAUGUAGAACUCUCAGCUCCUCCUGCACCAUGCCUGCCUGGAUGCUGCCAUGUUCUUGCCUUGAGGAUAAUGGACUGAACCUCUGAACCUAUAAGCCAGCCCCAAUUAAAUGUUGUCCUUUAUGAGACUUGCCUUGGUCAUGGUGUCUGUUUACAGCAGUAAACCCCUAAGACAUUCCCCUUUAAGUAUUUUGCUUCUAAACUUUGCCUGUUAUUUUCCUCAUUAAACUUCAAAGCUUUUCACUUAU